AUGGCGACGAGAGGACAACCGCUUUCUAUCGAGAGCUUGCUAGAAAAGCAGAAGGCGGAGAAAGAAGCUGCGGCAAAGCCAAAAUUCCUAUCGAAAGAGGAACGUGCCAAACUCGCGAUAGCCAAACGUGCCCAGGAGAUUAAGGAAGAAAAGGAAAGGGAGGAGCAGGCGCGACGGCAGCGCGAAGCACUCGAGCGUGAGGCGGAGGAGCUGCGCAGGCGGGAAAGAGACAGGGAGUAUGGAUCGAGGUAUGGCAGCGGGAACGGUGGGCGAUACGAGGACCGUGAUCGCGACCGCGACCGCGACCGCCACGGCCGGGACAGAGACGACAGGUAUGGCCGGCGUGAUGAUCGACGAGAUAGCAGACGCCCACCUCCACCUCCACCUGCAGCUCAGGAUGAGCGCAAAUAUCAAGGUGUACCUACGGGGCCUCGUGCCGACCGAAGCGGCAAGCCAUCUGACUCCUCUGCACCGUCCUCUUCUACCCACUCCCCGGUCCCUGGUGGCUCGAAUGGCAAUGGCAACGAAGAAUAUACGCCUUCCAUGACGGAAUCCGAAAUUAGCGCUAUACGGUCGCGUUACCUCGGCGUCGACAAGAAGAAGCGGAAGAUUCGCAAGAUGAACGACCGCAAAUUCGUUUUCGACUGGGAUGAGGGCGACGACACCUUGUCGGCUUCUGGUCCGCAACCCCUAGAGCUGCAGAAUCGUGCUGGGGUCAUGUUUGGGAGGGGACACCUUGCCGGUAUGGACGACGGCGGAGGGACGGGCGCCGGGGCGGGCACAAACGGCAAGGUGGAUGCGAGUGCGGAUGCGCUGGAGAGGAGGAGGGCGGCGAAAGGCGCGGCGGACGAGAGGCAUUGGUCAGAGAAGAAGCUGGAGGAGAUGAGAGAGCGUGAUUGGCGUAUCUUCCGGGAGGACUUCAGCAUCGCCGCGAGAGGUGGUCAAAUCCCGCACCCGCUCCGGUCAUGGGAGGAAUCAGAUAUACCAGCUCAAAUACUGGAAAUCGUCGAUUCGAUCGGUUACAAGGAACCGUCACCUAUCCAACGGCAGGCUAUUCCUAUUGGUCUGCAGAACCGCGAUGUUAUUGGCAUUGCUGAGACUGGCUCCGGAAAGACCGCGGCGUUUGUUAUCCCUAUGCUCGCAUUCAUAUCCAAGCUACCUGCAUUCACCGAAGAAAACCGGCAUCUGGGUCCUUAUGCGUUGAUUAUGGCGCCGACGCGCGAGUUGGCGCAACAGAUCGAGUCGGAGGCCCGCAAAUUUGCCACACCACUCGGGUACAAAUGUGUCUCGAUUGUCGGAGGUCGUGCAGUCGAAGAGCAACAGUUCAACCUCCGGGAAGGAGCAGAAAUCAUCAUCGCCACGCCCGGUCGUCUGAAGGACGUUCUUGAACGCCAUGUUCUCGUCCUUUCCCAAUGCCGCUACGUCGUCAUGGACGAAGCCGACCGCAUGGUGAACCUGGGUUUCGAAGCCGACCUCUUAUUCAUCCUCGACAAACUGCCCUCCGAAGCCAUGGCCGGCGAGGAGUCCACGACCGCGAUGGAGGUCGAUGAAGAGGGCGGGACCAACGUUGUUGUGACGAAGGGUAGGACUCGGGUAACGACGUUAUUCAGUGCCACGAUGCCGCCGCCUGUCGAGCGAAUCGCGAAGAAAUACCUCAGGAAGCCCGCGGUGGUGACGAUUGGUGAGGCCGGUAGAGCCGUGGAUACGGUUGAGCAGCGGGUCGAAUUUGUCAGCGGAGACGAAAAGAAGAAGCAGAAGAUGCUGGAGAUUCUCAACAGCAACCAGUAUGCGCCACCGAUCAUCGUAUUCGUCAACCAGAAGAAGACGGCGGACAUGGUGGCGAAAGACCUCCAACGCGCUGGCUGGAGCGCGGCAACCCUACAUUCCGGCAAGAACCAAGAACAGCGAGAGGCGGCGCUGCAAUCACUACGUGACGGUCACGCCGACAUCCUAGUCGCCACGGACUUGGCUGGUCGUGGUAUCGACGUGCCCGAUGUCACGCUCGUCAUCAACUACCAGAUGGCCAACACUAUCGAAGCAUACGUUCAUCGUAUUGGUCGUACUGGACGUGCGGGCAAGCAAGGCACGGCGAUCACGUUCCUGACCAAUGAGGAUGCCGAGGUUAUGUACGAUCUUAAGCAAGAGAUCUCGAAGAGUCCUGUGAGUAAAAUGCCUGUCGAGCUCGCGAGGCACGAGGCGGCGCAACACAAGGUAACGAGGGAGAUGAAGAGGAAACGGGACGCGGAGGACGAGGAUUGAGCCUAAUGCCUUCGGAUACUCGUGACGACGGCUGCGAUGUGAGUCGUAGGCUAUAAUCUUGCUUUCUGUGCAGAAUGAUAUCAUAUGCUGCUCGCGGUUGAGCAUCGC